AUGUCCUCUACACCUCGCCAAAUCAAAUCACUGAAUAAAGAAUUAUAUCUGACCAGCAUACCUUAUAACAGCAAAUUUUAGAGAACUUUUACAAAUGAGGAAAUGUCAAGCGUGUCUAAAAAAUUAGAUUUUGAUCAAUUUGACAAUCAAGUAUCAAAAUCAAACUUAUUGAAAAUGAAUUCACUACCCCUUAAAGGAAUCAGUCAAAUAAGAUGA